AACGGGUUGAAGUGGUUGAAAGCCUGCAAGUCGUACCUUGAUUGCCAAUGAAUUCAUCAGGUCUACCUCCUCCUGUGCCAGGUAAGCUAUGUUCGAAUGAUGUAGAGCCAAAGUCGUCGCGAGUUCGACUACCAAGCCUUCCGGUGCUUGAAGACGAUGCGGAUAACUUCAUUUACGAAGAUGACGGUGAGUCAAAUGACGAAGACGGAAACUCCGAGUUGUGUCGAUACAUUCAACGACUUGAGAAGGAAAAGCAAGAGCUUGAAAAUGAGGUACACGUACUGAAAGACCAAAACGCCAGUCAACGACUCAAGUCUCAAACCGCAGAACGCCGUAUCGAGAUGCUCGAAGCUUCUCUUAAAGAUGCAAUAAACACCGGCGACGCCUUCAGACAAGAGAAAGAUGUGGUGCUAGCAGUGCAAGCCAGUGAGCGCGAGCGAAUGGCGUCAAUGGUAGCGUUGCUCGAGGAAGCUCAGAAUCGAUAUGAAGACGCCGAACGUGCUCGUCAAAGCGCCACUUUCAAGCUCAGCUCUCUGCAGGCUACCAGAGCCGACGCCACAAGUCAAAGUUUGCUUCCACCGGUACCCAAGACCAUCCCAACGCCUCGAAGUUUGUCCUCCAAUGUGCUAUUGGAAGGGUCAGUUGAUUUCGAUGAACGCAUCGAGAAGUACAAGCGAGACAUUGAGCUGCUUCGACAGAAGCUCGAACUUACCGAGGAACAGGCCGCUGAAAGACAGAAACUGGCAGUGUCACUGGCACUGCACGAAGCGCAACUUGACUCCUCGAACGUGGUUGAGCACAUGAAAUUGGAGUGUGAACGUCGAAUUAAUGAAUGGCGACACUGUGAAGCAGUUCGAGCCAAGGAAAAGGAGAGCGCUUUGGAUGAAGAUCGCUACAGUAUCCGACUGGAAAUGAGGUAUGCACUGCAACGUUCACAGAUCGAUCAACGGGUAGCCCUUCUUCAAGCUGAAACGGAGUUUAAGACAGACAGGCCCAGUCCGCGAGAGCCAAUUGAGAGCGAUUUCUCCAUUGGAACGUUGGAUGAAGUGCUGGUUCGAAUGCAGCUGGAACAAGUUCGUACACGUCGCUUUGAAGCUCUUAAGAAGGCGCUUCUCAUCCGCCACGCACAACUCAACCAAGCUGCAAAGGAACUGUUCUGUCGCUGGAAACUUCAAGCGUCGAACAUGAGGAUCAUGCGUCUAAACGCUGUCCUGCACAUGUAUCGCAUCGCGUUGCACUUCGAGUCACGCAAAAAACUCAGGAGCUUCAAUCAGUGGCGAGAUCAAACCCGACAACUGCAAGCACAGAACUUCCAAGCUCAAGCACUUUCGUGUUGGAACCGCAUGAUCGCAGUGGAGAGAAUAAGCCACGUUAUUCGUCAAACCACGGUAUGUUACGUACGUCAUGUAAACAUGCGAUAA